AGAGUUCUUACUGGGAAGCUUGCCUGCCACUGGAUGCUCUUCCAGGGACAAACGCAUCAUCAGCAUCAUCGCCUGUGUCACAGCUACAGUCCCUAAUUUUCAAGACCAAACUGACGGUAUGCAACCAAACAGUAGCUCACAUUGCAUCGCAUCCAAACUCUGACAGUAAAGUAUACACAUCAUUACACUGAGCAGCAGCAAAGCACACAUUUGAAGCUCUUCAAGAAGAGAAGAUUACCUCUGCGAUUCAUUUGAUUAACUUCAAGAAGUGAUAAAGACAAAUAUUUUAUAAGAUGCCUGAGAGUGCAGGACAUGUUAUGGAGGAGGAAACGGAGACCUUUGCUUUCCAGGCUGAGAUUGCUCAGCUUAUGUCCCUUAUUAUUAACACUUUCUACUCAAAUAAAGAGAUCUUCCUUAGAGAGCUCAUCUCAAACUCCUCAGAUGCCUUGGACAAAAUCAGAUAUGAAAGCCUAACAGAUCCCAGCAGGCUGGAGUCCUGCAAAGAGCUGAAGAUUGAGCUCACACCCGACCUGCAUGCUCGCACCCUCACAAUCAUUGACACGGGUAUCGGCAUGACCAAAGCUGACCUGAUCAACAACCUGGGCACUAUCGCCAAGUCCGGUACCAAGGCUUUCAUGGAGGCUCUGCAGGCUGGAGCCGACAUCUCCAUGAUUGGUCAGUUUGGUGUGGGUUUCUACUCUGCCUAUCUGGUGGCUGAGAAGGUGACAGUCAUCACAAAGCACAACGAUGAUGAACAGUACGUGUGGGAGUCUGCAGCUGGAGGCUCAUUCACAGUCAGACCUGACAGUGGAGAGUCCAUUGGCAGAGGCACGAAAGUGAUCCUUCACCUGAAAGAAGAUCAGACAGAAUACUGUGAGGAGAAGCGCAUUAAGGAAGUUGUGAAGAAGCACUCACAGUUCAUUGGUUAUCCCAUCACACUUUUUGUGGAAAAGACGAGAGAGAAAGAAGUGGACCUCGAUGAGGGAGAGAAGGAAGAAGUAGUUGAGAAAGACGCCGCUGAGAACAAGGACAAGCCAAAGAUUGAGGAUGUUGGCUCGGAUGAGGAUGAAGACACGAAGGAAGGCAAAAACAAGAGGAAGAAGAAGGUCAAGGAAAAGUACAUUGAUGCUCAGGAGCUUAACAAGACCAAGCCCAUCUGGACCCGUAACCCAGACGACAUCACCAAUGAAGAGUAUGGAGAAUUCUACAAGAGCCUCACCAAUGACUGGGAGGACCACCUGGCCGUCAAGCAUUUUUCCGUGGAAGGUCAGCUGGAGUUCCGUGCCUUGCUUUUUGUACCCAGAAGAGCUGCAUUUGACCUCUUUGAAAACAAGAAAAAGAGAAACAACAUCAAACUUUACGUGCGCAGAGUUUUCAUCAUGGACAACUGUGAGGAGCUGAUUCCAGAAUAUCUCAAUUUCAUCAAGGGCGUGGUUGACUCUGAGGAUCUGCCUCUGAACAUCUCCAGAGAGAUGUUGCAGCAGAGCAAAAUUCUGAAGGUGAUCCGCAAGAACCUGGUUAAGAAGUGCCUGGAACUGUUCACAGAGCUGUCUGAGGACAAGGACAACUACAAGAAGUUCUACGAGCAGUUCUCCAAGAACAUCAAGCUUGGAAUCCAUGAAGACUCACAGAACAGAAAGAAGCUGUCUGAGCUGCUGCGUUACUACACCUCAGCCUCUGGAGAUGAAAUGGUCUCCCUGAAAGACUACGUUUCUCGCAUGAAGGACAACCAGAAACACAUCUACUACAUCACAGGCGAGACCAAAGAUCAGGUGGCCAACUCUGCAUUUGUGGAGCGCCUUCGCAAAGCCGGCCUGGAAGUCAUUUACAUGAUUGAGCCCAUUGAUGAGUACUGUGUGCAGCAGCUGAAGGAGUAUGAUGGCAAGAACUUGGUAUCAGUGACCAAGGAAGGUCUGGAGCUGCCUGAGGAUGAGGAAGAGAUGAAGAAGCAGGAGGAGCUGAAAAAUAAAUUUGAGAACCUCUGCAAGAUCAUGAAGGACAUCCUUGACAAAAAGAUUGAAAAGGUUGUGGUGUCCAACCGCUUGGUUGCUUCCCCCUGCUGCAUUGUCACCAGCACCUAUGGCUGGACAGCCAACAUGGAAAGGAUCAUGAAGUCUCAGGCCUUAAGAGACAACUCCACCUUGGGUUAUAUGACAGCCAAGAAACACCUUGAAAUCAACCCCCUGCAUCCUAUCGUUGAGACUCUAAGGGAGAAAGCAGAAGCUGACAAGAAUGACAAAGCAGUGAAAGACCUGGUGAUCCUCCUGUUCGAGACGGCCCUGCUGUCCUCAGGAUUCACACUGGAAGACCCACAGACACAUGCCAACCGCAUCUAUAGAAUGAUCAAACUGGGUCUUGGAAUUGAUGAUGAUGAUUCUACAGUGGAAGACCUCCCUCAGCCUGCUGAUGAAGAUAUGCCAGUCUUGGAAGGAGAUGAUGACACAUCAAGAAUGGAGGAAGUUGACUAAAAUAUUUGCUAGACUUUUCCAAGCUUUCUUAAUUUUUAUUUUUGUAAGUUAUAUUUCCUUUUCAGAAUGCAUUUUAUUUAACACGUCCUAUUCUUAAAUGUCAUUUACCUGUCACUACAAGUUAACUUUAAUAAAGGCCAUAAUAGGGAUUAAGUCUCAGUUAUUUAUAUAAAAUAACUCAAAACCAUUAAGACUAACAAAGAGGCCACUGAGGGAUUUGAUAUGUCUCUUUUUGUAACAGUUACAUUUUUAUAUGUAAAGGAUUCAAAUUUUUAAUAAAAUAUGUU